AUGAAGGUUAUCCCGGUCCCUGUCCGAGAGGACAACUACGCGUACCUUCUCGUUGACGACACCACCAACACCGCUGCUGCUGUCGACCCUUGGGAUGUUCCCAAGGUCCAGGCCGCCGCAGAGAAAGCCGGCGUGCAGAUCGUGGCGGGCAUUACCACCCACCACCACUUCGAUCACAGCGGCGGGAACCAGCACGCCGCAUACCCGGAUGUCCCUAUUUACGGUGGUAGCAACAAGAGCCCUGCGCUCAACACUGUUGUAAAAGACAAAGACGAAUUUGACGUCAACGGCAUCCACGUCCGCUGCUACUCGACGCCAUGCCACACCCAGGACUCGAUCUGUUACCACGCGACGGACAAGUCGGGCGCGCACCCGGGAGGCGUCUUCACCGGGGACACGCUCUUCGUCACCGGCUGCGGCCGCUUCUUCGAGGGCGACGGUGCGCAGAUGCACGCCUCGCUCUCCUACCUCGCCACGCUCCCGCCGGAGACGGUCGUCUACGACGGGCACGAGUACACGAAGGGGAGCCUCGCGUUCGCGCGCUCGGUCGACCCGGACAACGCCGCCCUCGCGCGGCUCGCGAAGCUCGUCGCCGACGGCGUCCAGCCGGGCGAGCGCACGACGAUCGGGGACGAGAAGGAGUGGAACCCGUUCAUGCGCCUUGAAAGCGCGCCGAUCCAGAAGGCUACUGGGGGCGGGGAGCCCAGCGCCGUGAUGGAUGCGCUCAGGGAGCUCAAGAACAAGUUCAAGGGGUGA